CGGAAGUGAGCUGCUGGACCCUCGGCAGGUCGGGUCCGGAUCCUUGCGUCAUGGUGUUCGAGUCCCUGGUGAGCGACCUGCUCAACAGGUUCAUCGGGGACUACGUGGAGAACCUGGACAAGUCCCAGCUGAAGAUCGGGAUCUGGGGAGGAAACGUUGUUCUGGAGAACCUGAGGGUGAAGGAGAACGCUCUGAGUGACUUGGAUGUUCCCUUCAAAGUGAAAGCUGGACAGAUCGGGAAGUUGACGUUGAAGAUUCCGUGGAAGAACCUUUACAACGAUGCUGUGGUCGCCACGUUGGACGGUCUCUACCUGCUGGUGGUUCCCGGAGCCACGAUCAAGUUCGAUGCGGCGAAGGAGGAGCGUGACCAGCAGGAGGCGAAGCAGCGCGAGCUGCAGCGCAUCGAGGAGGCGUUACAGCUGGCUGCACGCAGAGAAAAACCUCAGGAGGAGAAAAAAGACACGUUAAUGGAAAAACUGGCGACUCAGGUUAUUAAAAACCUGCAGGUGAAGAUCAGCAGCAUCCACGUGCGCUUUGAGGACGACCUGUCGGACCCAGAGCACCCCCUCUCUGUGGGAGUGACACUGUCCGAGCUCAGCUUACUGACGACUGAUGAGAACUGGAAGUCGUGUAUCCUUAACGAAGCAGCAAAGAUCAUCUACAAGCUCGGGCGUCUCGAGUGUCUCUGCGCCUACUGGAACGUCGACAGUCCCAUAUUCUACAAAGGAUCAUGGGAGGAAAUUGUGACUCGGCUGAAGUCUGGGAUCAGCUGCUCAGACCAGCAGCUUCAUCACUACCAAUACAUUUUCAAGCCGAUCUUUGCUUCGGCUAAAAUGUGCAUCAACCAAAACGCUGAGCUGGAACUGAAAACCCCGAAAGCAAAGCUUCACCUGGAGGUUCAGAACAUCGCCAUAGAGAUGACCAAACCACAGUACCUGUCCAUGGUGGAUCUGCUGGAGUCGAUCAACUGUAUGGUGAAGAACGCCCCCUACAGGAAGUUCAGGCCUGAAGUCUCUGUUCACAAAAACACCAAACUCUGGUGGAGGUACGGCCUGGACAGCAUCCUGGAGGUCCACAUCCGGCGCUACAGCCGCAUGUGGUCCUGGUCCAACAUCAGACUCCACAGAGAAAACCUGAAGAAGUACAAGUCCGUCUUCAAGACCAAACUGAGCCAGGGCAAGUCGAGUCCGGACACAGAGCGACGCAUCCAGGAGCUGGAGAAGGUUCUGGACGUGUUCAACAUCACUUUGGCUCGACAGCAGGCUCAGAUGGAGGUGAUCAGGUCCGGGCAGAAGGUGGUGGCGAAGAAAGCGACGGGGGGGCAGAAGCAAGGGGGAGGUUUCUUCAGCAGCUUGUUUGGGAAAAAGAAUAAAAAGGAGGAGCAGGAGCAGGAGGAGAGCAAGGAGACGGAGAGUUCUGGACUCGACGAACUCAUGACGACAGAGGAGAAGGAGAAACUCUACUCGGCCAUCGGCUACAGCGGCAGCUCCCACAGCCUGACGCUACCCAAACAGUACGUAGCCGUGGUCGUCAGCUUCCAGCUGCUGAGGACUUCAGUGACUCUCAGAGAACUGCCCGACGUCCCAGAGAUCCUCAAGAUCCAGAUGAUCGACCUCAGCACCAAGAUAUCUCAGAGACCUGGAGCUCAGGCCAUCAGGGUGGAGGCGGCUCUGGAGCACUGGUAUGUUACUGGUUUGCUGCAGCAGAGGGCGAUACCUUCUCUCAUCGCCUCCGUCGGAGACUCCUCCUCCUCUCUGCUCAACGUCGUGUUCGAGUUGAACCCGGAGGCGAGCAGCGCCGACCAGCUCAUCAGAGUCCAGUCCCAGCCGGUGGAGAUCAUCUACGACGCGCUGACAGUAAACAGCAUGGUGGAGUUCUUCCAGACGGGGAAAGGUGUCGACCUGGAGGUCCUGACCUCGGCCACUCUCUCCAAACUGGAGGAGAUCAAAGAGAAAACAGCCACGGGUUUGUCUCACAUCAUUGAGACCAGAAAGGUUCUGGACCUGAGGAUCGACCUGAAGCCGUCCUACCUGCUGAUCCCAAAGUCUGGAUUCUACAGCGACAAGUCGGACCUCAUCGUCGUGGACUUUGGCAGUUUACAGUUGAACAGCGUGGAUCAGAGCAGCUUCAGUCCGUCUUCAUCGUCCUUCUCGUCUCUGGAGGAGAUCAUGGAUCGAGCCUAUGAGCGAUUCAACGUAGAGCUGAGACGAGUCCAGGUCCUGUACAGCAAGUCAGGUGAGCUGUGGAAGUCGGCUCGUCUUCAGGGUUCUUCACUUCAACACAUCCUCCAACCGAUGGACUUCACCCUCCACCUGGCAAAGUGCAUGGUGGCCAAAGACGCCAGGAUGCCCAGGUUCAAGGUGUCUGGGGAACUUCCGCUGCUUCAUGUCAAGAUUUCGGAUCAGAAAAUCCAGAACGUUUGGGAUCUGGUCCAAAGCAUCCCCCUGCCAGACAUGGGCUCCUCCCCCUCCACCCCCACAGACAAGGUUCUGUCAUUGGCCAACGUCAGACCACGAGCGCUCGGUCUUCACCCCGCCCUCCUGGACGCCAUGGAAACCGACUCUGAUGAAGACGUCAGUGAGAAGUCGACUGAUGAAGAGCUGCAGCGCACGGCUCUGGAGGAACUGAUCGACGUCCACUUCCUGUUCGAAGUCAAAGAGGUACUGCUGGAGCUGACGCGGCAGGAGGACGAGGAGAAAACCGUCUUGUCCCUCAGCGUCUGUCAGCUCGGGGCUGAAGGGAAGAGGCGGAGCUUCGACCUGAGCGCCACCUCGUACCUGCGCAGCGUCACACUGGACUACUGUGGAGACGACAGGACUCGUCCUCUCCACCUGAUCAGUUCUUCAGAGCAGAAGAGUUCAAACCUGCUGAAGGUCGAGUUCAUCAAGGCCGACCCCAAAGGUCCGAGCUUCCAGACUCUGUUCGACAACACUGAACAGACACUGAAGGUGGAGUUUUCCUCUCUGGACUUCCUCCUUCACACUAAAGCUCUUCUUUCCACCAUCAACUACCUGACCAGCGCCCUGCCCUCAGACCUCAGCACCGCCCGAGACCGAGACACCAAGAAGCAGGUGGAGAAGACCGGCCCGGGGCGGACAGUGUCUAAAGGAGUCAAAGAUGGCGGCGUCUACAGCUUCAAGCUGUUUGCUGUGCUGGGAUGUUUCCACGUGGAGGUGUGUGACGACCGCUGCAGCAUCGCCGACAUCAGAGUCCAAGGAAUCGAUGCGUCGGUGCUGGUGCAGGCGAAGGAGACCGAGGUGUUCGCUCGACUCCGAGACAUCGUGGUCACAGACGUGAACCUGGACACCGUCCACAGGAAGGCUGUGUCCAUCAUGGGGGAGGAGGUGUUCAGCUUCAAACUGGUCUUGUUUCCGGGGGCGACGGAGGGGGACGGCUACAGAGACAUGUCCAAGGUGGACGGGAAGGUCUCGCUGCGUCUGGGCUGCAUCAACAUCGUUUACCUGCACAAGUUCCUCAUGUCACUGCUGGCUUCUUUUUGUUUUCAGUACUCGUCUGCUGAUCAGAUGUUUGUAGACAACUUCCAGACGGCUAAAGAAGCUCUGAGCGCCGCCACGGCUCAGGCGGCGGAGAAGGCGGUGUCCAGCGUUCGGGACUUUGCCCAGAAGAGCUUUCGUCUGUCCAUGGACAUCAAGCUGAAGGCGCCGCUCAUCAUCAUCCCCCAGUCCUCCACCUCCCAGAAUGCAGUAGUGGUGGAUCUCGGUCUGAUCACGGUGGAAAACAGCUUCUCUCUGCUUCCUGUUGAAGGUUUCUCUCUGCCGGCCGUGGUGGAGAAGAUGAAUGUGAAGCUGACGCAGCUGAAACUCUCCAGAACCGUUCUGAGGCCGGACUCCUCCCACCUCAUCUCCUCAGACAUCGAGAUCCUUCAGCCAAUCAACUUGGAGCUGCUGGUCACACGGAACCUCGCAGCUUCCUGGUUCACCCAGAUCCCGGCGGUCCAGGUCCAGGGCGUCCUGCGCUCGCUGAACAUGAGUCUGAGUGAGGAAGACCUCGGCGUGCUGAUGAAGAUCCUGGUUGAGAACAUCGGUGAAGGAAGUAAAGAGCACGACAUGGACGUCAAAAGUCGGGCGGCUCAAGAGAAGGCGGUGCUUGCUGAGCAGCAGGUGGAAGUGAUGUCACCACAGGUGGGAUCUGCUGGGACUCCGCCCACCAUCGGAGGUCCGACUGAAAACAUCGUCAACGUCCUGCUGAACUUUGAAAUCAAAGAGGUGCUGUUGACCCUGAAGAAGCCCGGAGACCAGACGGAGACGCCGUUCCUCGUCCUCCACGCCGCUCACCUGGGCAUCGACACCAAGGUCAGGAAGUACGACAUGUGUGCCACCACGUACAUCAAGAAGAUCACCAUGAAGUGCCUGGAGUUCAAAGACUCGAGCGGCGAGCCGCUGUGUCUCGUCAGCUCGUCGGUGGAGUCCGGAGCCGAGCUGCUCAAAGUGCAGUACUUCAAGGCCGAUCGUUCUGCACCAAACUUCUCCUCCAACUACAAGAACACGGAGCAGAUGAUGAAUGUGACCUUCACCUCUCUAAACUUCCUGCUCCACACUGAGGCUCUGCUCUCUGCCAUCGACUUCCUGUCCACGGCUCUGAUGUCUGACAGCGUGAUGUCCUCUGACAGAGACGUCAAACCAAAGACAGACGAAAAGACGCCUUCUGCCAAGUCCACUGCCACGAUGUCACCUGCGGACAGUGAUGUCAUCGACCUGAAGGUGAUGAUGUCACUGGGUGCCCUCAACGUGCUUGUGUGUGACCAGAGAUGCAACAUGGCCGACAUCAAGAUCCAGGGUGUUGACGGAUCUUUAUUGAAACAAGGAGCACAGACGUUUAUUUCAGCUCGACUCCGAGACGUCGUCGUCCUCGACGUCGAUUCUCAAACCGUCCACAGCAAGGCUGUCUCCAUAGUGGGGGACGAAGUCUUCAGCUUCUCCAUGAGUCUGACUCCGAACGCCACCGAGGGCGCCGGCUACGCCGACACGUCUCAGACCGACGGCAAAGUGAAGCUGAACGUGGGCUGCAUCCAGGUGGUUUAUCUGCACAAGUUCUUCAUGUCUCUGCUGAACUUCAGCAGCAACUUCCAGACGGCGAAGGAAGCUCUGAGCGCCGCCACGGCUCAGGCGGCGGCUCAGGCGGCGUCCAGCGUCCGAGACUUUGCUAAGAAGACGUUCCGCCUGUCGAUGGACAUCAAGCUGAAGGCGCCGCUCAUCGUCGUGCCCCAGUCCUCCACCUCCCAGAAUGCACUGGUGAUGGACCUGGGUCUGAUCACGGUGGGCAACAGCUUCUCUCUGCUUCCUGUGGACGGGUGUCCGCUGCCGGCGGUCGUGGACAACAUGGACGUCGAGCUGACGCAGCUGAAACUGUCGAGGACCUGUUUGGACCUGGACUCGGGUCGACCCAGCAUCGAGCUGCUGGAACCCGUCAACCUGCACCUGAACAUCAAGAGGAACCUGGCUGCUUCCUGGUACAAGAAGAUGGCGGCUGUGGAGAUCGACGGAGACCUGAAGCCCAUGAAGGUGGCGCUAUGUCAGGAGGACCUGAAGGUGCUGCUCCGGAUCCUGAUGGAGAAUCUGGGAGAGGCUGGGAGUCUGCAGCCGACCGCCCCAAAACAGGAGGGCAUCAGUCUGCCUGUCCGAGCGGCCGGGGCGCCCCCUGCAGAUGUCGUGAAGUCGAGUGUGAGCAGGAGUGAAGAAGAGGAUGAAGCUCUGGAGUCCGUCAAGUUCCAGUUCAACAUCGAGUCUCUUGGUCUGGUUCUGUACAGUGACGACCCACAGCAGCCUCUCCAGCUCCAGCACCUGGAGAACCUCCGACUGGGCGAGUUCACCCUCCGGUCCCUGAAGACGUCGGGGGGGCUCCGUGCCGGGGGCAGCGUGGCGGUGACCACGGUGCUGACGGACUGCACGCUGGACGACCUGAGGAGCGGCAUGGAGAGGGUGACCUCACGCAUGGUGAGACGGCGAGACGAGAGCAGCUCGGAGACGAUGAUCGACGUGACGUAUCGUCAGAGCGCCGCCGGGCGGGAGGUGGUGGCCGUUCUGCAGAAGCUCUACGUGUGUGUCAGCGUGGAGUUCCUCAUGGCCGUGGCAGACUUCUUCCUGCAGGCUCUGCCACAGGCCUCAGCCCUGAGCGCCCCCCCGGCACCAGGGGACAGACUGCCGCUGAGACAGACCGCGGACCCCCGAGCCGACGCCAGGAUCGCCGCGGCGGUGCGGACCCUGGUGCGGGCGGUGGUCGUGGACCCGGAGGUGGUGUUCGUGGCCAGCCUGAUGAAGGCCGACGCCCCCGCCCUGGUGGCCUCGUUCCAGUGCGACUUCCAGCUCCAGGCCGAAGGCGACAGGACCCAGAACAUGAGAACUAACCUGAGGGAGCUGAAGGUUCUCGCCUGUCCCUUCAUCCGGAACGAGGAAGGCAAAGCCGUCACCACCGUGUUGAAACCCUGCUCUGUUGUCCUGGAAACCAAAACCCACCCCAACCAACCGCUGAGCGGCUCGGUGACGGUGGAGGAAGUCAUCGUCAAGAUCUCUCCGUUCAUCAUCAACACGGUGAUGACGAUCACCGCCGCCAUGGCGCCGAAGCCGCCUGACGAGCAGAGUCCGGGCGCGGUGGGAGUCACUGACCUGUGGUCGGUCAUGAACAUCUACGACUGUAACUACUGGUUCCUGGGAGUGGACCAGGCCACGGAGGUCACGGAGAGCUUCAAAGAGCCCGACGGACGCAACCAGGGCGAGAGCUUUGCCGCAGAGGUCAAGGUGGUGCAGGUGACUCUGGAGUCUGGGUUGGGUCACCAGACCGUCCCGCUGCUGCUGGCCGAGUCCUCCUUCAGCGGGUCGGCCAAGAACUGGUCUUCUCUGCUGCAGCUGAAAGCCAACAUGACGCUGGAGGUGAACUACUUCAAUGAGAUCCACGCCGUGUGGGAGCCUCUGAUCGAACGAGUGGACGGAGGCAGCCGGAGGUGGAACCUGGAGCUGGAGAUGAAGAACAACCUGCUGCAGGACAAGAGUCCAGUUCACGGAGACGACUUUGUGAUUCUUCCUGAACCUCGAACAGCGAUUCACAUCUGCUCCAAGGACACGAUGAACGUCACCGUGUCUCAGAGCUGCCUCAGCGUCUUCCACAACCUCACCAAGGCAUUCUCUGAGGGCACCGCCUCCACCUUCGACCCGUACCUGAAGGAGAAGGCCCCCUUCACCAUCAGGAACUCCCUGGGGAUCCCUCUCAUCGUGCAGCACAGCGCCACCCUCAGGCUGGUGGGAGUAUCGUCCCAGGGGAAACUUCACGAGCUGCCGGUGGAUCAGAGCCUGGACCUGGAGCACUCCAGUUAUUCCUCAUCCCGGGGGAAGCUGUCGGCGCUCCAGCGGCAGGAGAGCUGCCUGUUCCACCUCACCAUAGUUCCCACCGGAUACAGCGAGAUCUCCAGCGUGGCCGUGGACAAACCGGGUCGUCGUCUCUACAACGUCCGAGGUCCGAUGCUGCAGGAGGCGGUCUCCGUGCUGCUGCAGAUCGACGCCGCCGAGGGCAACAAGGUCGUCACCAUCCGCUCGCCGCUGCAGAUCAAGAAUCACUUCUCUGUGCCGUUCACCGUGCUGAGGUUCUGUCCGGCGUCCCGCGGCCUGGAGCGCGUGGGACAGGCCGAGCCGGGGAGGGAGUUCCACGUCGCCUUGGAAACAUACAGGUGUCAGCUGUUUGUGCGUCCGGCCGGUCCGCUGGAGGAUCAGUACGCUGCGUCCUCCACCUGCGUGUCCUGGAAGGAGCAGGUCCACCGCAGCUCCGAGGUGCGCUCCCUGCUGCAGUGUCCUGCGACCGACAGCAGCUUCCUGCCGCUGAUGGUCACCGCGCUCGCCGUCCCAGACGACCUGCGACACAUCGCCAGCCACGGGGAAGACGACUGGGACCCGGCCUACAUCAUCCACCUCCACCCGGUGGCCACGCUGCGCAACCUGCUGCCCUACACGCUCCGCUACAUGAUGGAGAGCUCGGCGGACUCGUACGAGCUCCUGGAAGGCGGCACGUCCGACCUCCUGAACGCUCGAGUCUCCGGUGAGAUCAUGUCUCUGGUGCUGAUGAGGUAUCAGGGUCGCGACUGGCACGGACACGUCCGCAUCAGGCAGGAGAUGCCGGAGUUCUUCAACCUGACUCUGACCUGCGACUCGGACGCCGGCCUGACGGUGGACGUGAGCGUUCACGUGACGAGGACGGCGAGCCAGCUGCUGCUGUCGCUCUUCAGCCCGUACUGGAUCAUCAACAAGACGUCCCGCGUGCUGCAGUACCGAGCCGAGGACGUCAGCGUCAAGCACCCGGCCGACUUCAGAGACAUCGUGCUGUUCUCCUUCAGGAAGAAAGCUGUGUUCAGUAAGAGCAAGCUGCAGCUCUCGGUCUCCACCAGCUCCUGGUCCGACGGUUUCUCUCUUGAAACCGUCGGAAGUUACGGUUGUGUCCGUUGUCCUGACGACAGCAUGGACUUUCUGGUGGGCGUCAGUAUCCAGCUGAGCAGCUUCAACCUGACGAGGAUCGUCACCAUGAGUCCGUUCUUCACACUCGUCAACAAGUCGUCUUACGAGCUGGAAGUGGGAGAGGUUCGCCCUCCGUCCACCAGGUGGCACUACAUCUCCUCCACAGAGUGCCUCCCCCUGUGGCCGGAGAACCCCUCGGGGAAGUUGUGCGUCCGUGUGGUCGGAUCUGAAUCCGCCUCCAAGUUGUUCUUCUUCAACCGACAGGACAGUGGCACGCUGAUGAGCCUGGACAUGUGUGUUGGAAUCAUCGUGGAAGUCAACAUCUCCGAUCACUCAACCGUCAUAAGCUUCACUGAUUAUUAUGAUGGAGCCGCUCCUGCUCUGAUGAUCAACCACACACCCUGGGUCACCGUCAGCUUCAGGCAGAGCGGCUCGACGGCGGCUCAUGAGCUGAAACCGGGUCAGGCGCGGCGGUUUGUGUGGGACGACCCGGCGGGGGUCCGGACCCUCAGCUGGAGCUGCAUGGAGCAUUCAGGAGAACUGGACCUGCUGAAGGACGAUGUGGGUCAGUUCUCCUACGACAGCCUGUCUCAGGUCCACUGGGUCUCCUUCCUGGACGGACGCCAGCGGGUGGUGCUGUUCACCGAGGACGUUGCCGUGGUGUCGAAGGCUCGACAGGCCGAGGAGCUGGAACAGUUUCAACAGGAAGUGAAGGUGUCUCUACAGAACCUGGGACUGUCUCUCAUCAACAACACCAAUCAGCAGGAGAUCGCUUACGUUGGCAUCACCAGCUCAGGCGUUGUUUGGGAGAUGAAGCCGAAGAAUCGUUGGAAACCGUUCAGUCAGAAAAACAUCAACCUCCUGGAGAAAACCUACCAGAGUCAGCUGAGCAGGAAGACAGAGGGAGGCUGGGUCCGACUGGAGAGCAGCCUGGAGGUGAACCUCAGCGGCGCCGUCAUGAUGAUGCGUCAGCCGAUUUCCUGUCAGGUGAGGAGGAACUUCCUGUCUGGGAUCCAGGUGGAGUACAAGCAGUCGCCCCAUCAACGCAGCCUGAGAGCUCAGCUGCACUGGUUACAGGUCGAUAAUCAGCUUCCUGGUGCGAUCUUCCCGAUCGUCUUUCAUCCAGUUUCUCCUCCAAAAUCCAUCGCUCUCGAUUCAGAGCCGAAGCCGUUCAUUGACGUGUCCAUCAUCACCAGGUUCAACCAGCACAGUAACGUCAUGCAGUUCAAGUAUUUCAUGGCUCUGGUUCAGGAAAUGGCCGUGAAGCUGGAUCAGGGUUUCCUAGGAGCCAUCUUGGCUCUGUUCGCUCCACCUGCCGACCCCGAGGCCAACAAGCAGAAGUCCCGGCUGCUGGACUCAGAUCUGCAGCUGCUGCAGGCCGAGCUGAUGGAGGCUUCGCUCAGCGACACGUCGGGACUGAGCUUCUUCGAGCAUUUCCACAUCUCACCCAUCAAGCUCCACCUCAGUCUGUCUCUGGGCUCCAGCGGAGACGAUGUCUCUGAGGAACCAGCAGCUGUUCAGUCUCUGAACUUGUUGUUGAAAAGUCUCGGAGCUUCGCUGACGGACGUGGACGACCUCAUCUUCAAACUGGCGUUCUUCGAGGUGAAGUUCCAGUUCUACCGCAGAGAGAAGCUGAUGUGGGCGGUGGUCCGACACUACACCGAGCAGUUCCUGAGGCAGAUGUACGUUCUGGUUCUGGGUCUGGACGUCUUGGGGAAUCCGUUCGGACUGAUCCGGGGUCUGUCUGAGGGAGUGGAGGCCUUCUUCUACGAACCUUUCCAGGGAGCCGUUCAGGGUCCAGAGGAGUUUGCUGAAGGUUUAGUGAUCGGCGUUCGCAGCCUGUUGGGUCACACUGUCGGGGGCGCUGCAGGUGUGGUGUCCAGGAUCACGGGUUCGGUGGGGAAAGGUCUGGCCGCCAUCACCAUGGAUAAAGAGUAUCAACAGAAACGGCGAGAGGAGAUGAACCGACCGUCCAAAGACUUCGGAGCGAGUUUGGCUAAAGGAGGAAAAGGAUUGUUGAAGGGAGUCGUGGGCGGAUUCACCGGCAUCGUCACCAAACCUGUGGAAGGGGCGAAGAAGGAGGGCGCCGCCGGCUUCUUCAAAGGAAUCGGUAAAGGUUUGGUGGGCGUGGUCGCUCGGCCGACCGGCGGCAUCGUGGACAUGGCGAGCAGCACCUUCCAGGGCAUCCAGAGAGUGGCCGAGUCGACAGAGGAAGUGACCAGACUGCGUCCGGUGCGUCUGAUCCGCGAGGACGGGAUCAUUCGACCUUACGACCUGACGGAGUCUCAGGGUUUGGAUCUUUUCCAGCGUUCACAAAUCACACAGUUGGACGGAGAAGUGUUCAGACGUCACUGUCUCUAUCCUGGACACAGCAAGACCAACAUCAUUAUCACCAACAGGAGAGUCUUGUGCGUGAAGGAGAUCAACUUUGUCGACCAUUUUAACAAAGAGUGGGAGUGUUUGUUUGAGAACUUCUGUCGUCCUCCGGCCGUGACGGGAUCUGAGCUGAGCCUCUACUGCAGGCAUAAGUUAACGUUGACAAAUAGAGAUGAGGAGUCGGUGAGGAAACUUCAGCUCAGAGACACAAACACUGCUCAGGCGCUGCAGGCGGCCAUAUCAGACGCUCAGACGGCGCAGAAGCAGAAUCGAAUGGCGAGACAGAAAUCACAGCGUUUCCUGAAACCAGACAACAAGCACUGAGGUCACUUCCUGUCAGCGGGUGUCACUUCCUGUCAGCAGGUGUCUUUGUUAGAAUUUAAGAUGUUAAAGAGGAUUUUUAAUGAAUGUCGAGCUGUGCCUUUAAGUGUAGAAACAGAUCCAAACUGAUUUCCUGUUUACACAUCUGGAAUCAUCCAAUCAGAGCUCACUCUGCACUUUUUCAGUAAAGUUUAAUUGAAUAGCUUCAUAAAACUUUAUUGUUUAUAUGUAUUGAGUCAUUAAACAAAUCACUAGUGGACAGGAAGUUGUUUAUAUAAGAAAAAAGUAAAGCUCAGUUGUUAUUGGGCUUUUCCUGAAUGUAGGAAUUACGAAUGUUGUUUAACUUCCUGUUUAAAAAUAAUUCAUUAUCGAAUGAAAUUCUAAAUGUAUCAAAUAUUUGUAUCUGUUGUCGUCAGAGAAAUGUUUUUAUUUUAUUUUAAUUAUAUAAUUUUGACAACUUGGGGCUGUGGGUUAUCUUGGUUUGCCUGCAGGUGGCGCUGUCACGAGUUUAAGAUGAAGUUAAAUGAGGUGUUGCACUAAAAUCUUUCCAGAGAGAAGAAUCAGUUCCACUUGUUUAUGAACUGUUUGAUUUAUUUUCAUCUGUUUCUGUCUUUGUUGUUGUUUACGUCUGAAGAUCAAAGCUCAAAUAAAUAACCUGCUCUGUAGCCAAAGAGAUUUUUAUAAAGACGAUUGUUAACA